AUGAUCGCCCAUCGCUCGUAUGCAGCAUUGAUCUAUACCGUCUUGACUUUUGCGCUUCUGGCAAGCGCAAGAGCGCUACAACCGUCCUUGGGAUUCUCUCGAGAUGUACUCUCUUCCAACAACCUUGCUCGCGACGUCGCCGCUACAUGUGGCGGUGUAUCUGGCCUUCAACAAUGCGGUUCAAGUUUUCCUUCGAGCUUCUGUUGUCCCCAGGGAAGCACCUGUCUACAACUCAACACUACCGCUCAGAUCACAGCCACUUUGUGCUGUCCCACCGGCUCCGAUUGCUCCAUCAUAUCUCCUGGUCCUUGCGACUUGAGCUCGCAAAAUGCAACCUUGGUCCCUGGUAGUCAAUACCACUCUCAGCCUCCAACCGCAUUGACGACAUGUGGCGAGAACUUUUGCUGCCCGCAAGGCUAUUCAUGUCAGGGAUCGUAUUGUGCCAAGAUAGCGCUCAGUCCAAGCCCUUCUGGAACGGCAACCAGUGUUGCAUCCUCGUCGACACAGACUCCGACGUCUACUACAGCUGCGGGGCCCGUCGCUACCUCAAUUCCUGCGGAGAGCAGUACCGCCGGACAAUCGUCGUCGAACCCGUCCUCGCAGUUCUCGGCGAGUUCCUUUGCAGCUGGGUUCGUGCCAGGAAUUGUCGUCGGGGCUCUGAUAGUGGGCCUUGCUAUUUUCUUCGUUCUUCGAAGGCGCAAACAGGCUGCUUCAACAUCGAUGUCGGAAAAGUUAUAUCGCUCAUCUGGACAGGAUAGUCUCCGUGACCUUCAUCCCGAUCUCAGUGCACGACCCACCUUUCAUGGACGCACCAUCUCAGAACCCACCGCAAAUUUGCAAUACCAGGCUGUGCGCACAGGAUUUUACCACUUGACUCCUCCCAAGCAGACGACAUCAGAAUUCGCAAUCGACUCGGAUAAGCCUCGACCAUUGUUCUCCGGUUCGCCGCCGCAUCAUUCAAAUGAGCUCGCAGCGACUUUCCCAGCACAGUCUCCGAAUCCGUCGAGCAACAAACGCAGCAGCGGACUCUCCUUCAAAAUCACACCUCUCCGCGCCCUCCGCAAGCAGCGAAGCAUGCACAGUCUACGCCGACAAAUGAGCACGGCAUCCACCCAGUCCAACAACACCGUCACCGCCCGAAAUAUGAACCCCCUGCGCCACAGCAGCCGCCGUGGCGAUGACCGCAGCCGCACCGGCAGCACCGAAACCAUCCAAGUCCUAAUGCACACGCCCGACCGCCGCCCCGGCAUUUCCCAAACAGCAGCAACAGCAACAGCAGGAGGACCACCAGCAGCCACGACGACCUCACCCCGCCGCUCGCACUCCUCCCGCCGCCGCAACAGCUGGUCCAGCACGAGCACCACCUCCCCGGAGGCCGACGCCUACAUGGCACGAAUGAGCCACAUGACCAACAGCGACAGCCCCACCGUGCUACACUUCCCCGCGAGCAUCCCGUCGUCAUUCGCCCCCAACAUCCCCUACACGCCAAGCAACUACGGCGCGGGUCCGCACUCGGGCACAUUCCCGCCCCCGGUCAUCUACGAGCAGGACGAGCCCCCCUCGCGACAGGACCUCCUCCACCCGCCGGGUCGCAGGCCGUCGAACCGCGAUACCACCUUCAGUACUAUGAUGGCGAGGGCGGGCGUCGCGCGUGAGGACCUCGUGGUCGCCGGACUCCCCCGCGUGCCGGCCGUGCCUGCGAACGCGGCGAGCCUGCAGGGGAAGGGGAGGAAGAGGGUUUGA